ACCACCUCCUCCAGGCCUUUGACACCCCACCCCCGCCUCACCACAGAGCCUGGGCUGCCUGCCGCAGGGAUCCAAGAGUCAGAGCUCCACAGCGGUAGCAGACUUGACUCCACUGCCAGCUGCUACCAGCUCCAGCCCCAAGAGCAGCCUCAGCGCCCCUCGACCCAGCACCGCGCCCGCGCCAGCUCCUGUCCGGAGCGCGUCAUGGAGAAGGACUUUCAAGACAUCCAGCAGCUGGCCCCCGAGGAAAAUGACCACCAGCUGGGUAAAGAUGAGGAACCAGGUCUUCGAGGGCAGAAUCCCCAGAGAGAAGAUCCGUUUUGCAAAGCGAUGCCUCCUCCGAAGCCCUUUCUGCAGCGUCUCUGCUCCUGGCCCCGCCUCAGUGUGCUCACUCUGGGCUUCAACGCCCUGCUGCUGGUGAUCACCUGUGUGACUACGUCUCAAAGCACACAGCUGCAAACAGAGCUACAGCUCCUGAAAGAAGCUUUCAGCAACUUCUCAUCGAGUGUCUCUGGGGAGAUCCAGAGUCUCACCUCUCAUGGAAGCAAUGUCAGUGACACGGUGACCUUGAUGGCAACAAAGCUGGAGAAUCACAGCCGGGACCUGAAAUCAGAUCAUGCCAGUGUGCAACUUCACUUGAAGCACUUCCCAGCUGACCUGCGCAUCCUGAAAUGUCAGGCCGAGUACCUUCUAAGCAAUGGUACAGAGUGCUGCCCUGUUAACUGGAAGGAGCAUGAAGGCAAUUGCUAUUGGUUCUCUCAGACUGGAGCGAGCUGGACCGCUGCCACCUUGUACUGCACGCUGGAGGAUGCCCACCUGGUUGUCGUCAACUCCAGGGACGAGCAGAGAUUCCUUCAACAACACAUAAACCCUUUUGAUACCUGGAUAGGACUUAGCAAUGUCAACAACUCCUGGAAGUGGGUGGAUGGAACCGAAUAUGAGAAUGGCUACAUGAACUGGGCUAACGCUUGGUCAUACCCCCGGCAGGAGCCGGAUCCCAACAGAGACGAAGACUGUGUGGAAAUGAAGGCGGGUGGCUCCUGGAAUGUUGAUCACUGCCAGGGAGUCCACCGCUGGGUGUGUGAGACCAAGCGGACCCGCACCGCGGAGGACCCCCACCACAAAUCUGAGACUCGCACACCGCCCAGCUGACCUGACCCAGCUCCCCCCACCCUUCUCCACUGGACGUUUUUUCAGGAAGGAAGAAGAACGGAGCACAGGGGAUGGAGCUGAGGGGCUCGGUCGGAGGUGAUGGUUGUGGGUUCGGAGCCUGGAGGGCAGACAGCCCUGUUUCCUUCCACAAUUCAUUGUCGUGAUGAACCAUUUCAACCUCUGUAAUGAAGACGAAAAAAGGCUGGA